ACCUCAUCCUCACCUUUUAAUCACACACAAGCACUCAUUCACUGUAUUCUGCUGCCAUUCUGCUUCUCCUCCAGGGAGUGAACAAGAAAGGAACAGUCUUUUUUCUUGAAGUGAAUCAAUGGCGGAGGCUAAGGAGGAGGAUGUUAGACUUGGGGCUAACAAGUUCACAGAGAGGCAGCCACUGGGCACAGCUGCUCAAUCAGACAAGGAUUACAAGGAACCUCCACCAGCCCCUCUGUUUGAGCCUGGAGAGUUGAAAUCAUGGUCCUUUUACAGGGCUGGAAUUGCAGAGUUCUUUGCCACUUUCCUCUUCUUGUAUAUUUCUGUCUUGACUGUUAUGGGGGUGGGUAGAUCAGGCUCCAAGUGUAGUUCUGUGGGCAUUCAGGGGAUUGCUUGGGCCUUUGGUGGUAUGAUCUUUGUUCUUGUCUACUGCACUGCUGGUAUCUCAGGAGGGCACAUUAACCCUGCGGUGACCUUGGGUCUAUUCUUGGCAAGAAAGCUGUCCCUCACCAGGGCAAUCUUCUACAUGGUGAUGCAGUGUCUUGGAGCCAUUUGUGGAGCUGGAGUGGUGAAGGGGUACAUGGAGGGGCCGUACAUGAGGCUUGGUGGUGGGGUGAAUGUUGUCAACCAUGGUUACACCAAGGGUGAAGCUCUUGGAGCUGAGAUUGUUGGCACCUUUGUCCUUGUCUACACUGUCUUCUCUGCCACUGAUGCCAAGAGAAACGCCAGAGACUCCCAUGUCCCUAUCUUGGCUCCUCUUCCAAUUGGGUUUGCAGUCUUCCUUGUGCAUCUGGCCACCAUCCCCAUCACCGGCACCGGCAUCAACCCUGCCCGGAGCCUCGGCGCCGCCAUAAUCUUCAACAGAGAACAUGCCUGGAAUGACCAUUGGAUCUUCUGGGUUGGACCCUUCAUCGGAGCCUUGUUGGCUGCAAUUUAUCACCAGAUCGUCAUCAGGGCCAUACCCUUCAAGAGCAGCUAAAUAAAAAUCUGCAGGAACAUUUGUAUUUGUGUCAUCAUUUAUGGAGUUUCUUCUUCUUUGUUGAGUGUUGUUUCUCCUCUCAAAGACUGUGUGAAGAUGUUAAACUAUGUGUAAAGUAUUGAGGGGUACCCAUCCACCUUUGUUUGGAAACCUGUUGCAUUUUAUCAAUGUAGAAUUUUCUCCAUUUAAUCCCUAA